GGUGAAAGGUCGACCAUGAUUAUAGCAGAAAGAGAUGGUCAGGCAGCACAGAAAGUGAUUGAACUCUCUUCUGCAAUCAUCAUGGACUCAUUUCCCUGUGCUCUGCUCCUCUUCUCCCUGUUAUGUUCAGCCACUGGUCAAGGUCCUGAGGUUUCAGUGGAGCCCCAGGUUACGACUGUGCGCGAAGGCGAGUCGGUCAGCCUCAGGUGCCAAGUGGCGAGCGGUACUCAUUCCACCCAGCUGCAGUGGAGGAAGGCCAAUAAUCAAGCCUUAGCAGACAAUAUCAAGAUUGGCCCCAAUGGUGUGGUUCUGACAGUUGCUAAUGCUCGACCAAAUAACCAGGGCGAGUACCAAUGUGUGGCGACCAGUGCUGCUGGAUCCAGCGUUGCUUCAGCACAGAUCAACAUCAAAUUUCCUCCCAACGUGCGCCUGUCACCAGCUGGGCCCCUGAGGGUCAAAAUUGGUGACCGGGUAUCAGUGCAGUGUCGGGCUACAGGCAGGCCACGGCCCAAGCUGAGCUGGAGACGCCAAGACUCCGCUCUGCAGCUGCCUUCUGAGGAGACAGAUGGUGUCAGCACCAUACAAUGGACUGUCGUGCGUGCAGAGGACGCAGGUGUGUACAUUUGCCAAGCUGAGAACACCGUGGGCAAAACAGAGGUCAAACUGGAGGUCAUCAUGGGAGGGGGACCUGGUGCACCCAUUGCAUCAGUGAGUCAUAAAGAAAUGACAGUUGUGGAGGGUCGUAGUGUCACUAUCCGGUGUCAAGCUACUGGUUCUCCCCCUCCUGUCAUCACAUGGUCCAAGCUGAGAGCCCCGUUGCCAUGGAAACACACAGUAGCUGGUGGUGUCCUGACACUGACCAGCGUGGGGCGCCAGGAUUCCGGCCAAUACAUUUGUAAUGCUACCAACAUACAAGGCUUCAGUGAGGCAUACACACAAAUAGAAGUGGAGAGCCCUCCCUAUGCCACGGUUAUGCCCGAGCAGGUGAAGGUCCAACCCGGUGAUGCUCUGACUCUGCGCUGUCUGGCCCACGGCUCCCAUCCCAUUCAGUUUCAAUGGAGCCGGGUGGGCAGAGGCAACCUGCCCGCUGGAAGUCAGACCACCAUCGAUGGACAGCUUGUCAUUGCUCGUGUUAGAAUGGGUGACGGCGGAUCAUACAAGUGUGUGUCGACCAAUCACAUUGGCUCCAGUGAGGCACUGGCUAAAGUCAUAGUUAAAGGCUAGGCCACUGAAAUGUCUGCAGUGUUGCCGCAAGCUUGAAUUGUGACAUCAGAUGGAAAGUACCAAAUUGUUACUGCACAUAUGGAGCUAAACUCAAACCUUUCAAUUAGUGGAUGUCUUAAAGGAUUAGGGGAUCUUUGGAAAUUUUUUUAAUCACUUUUCUGUCUGAGGAGAUGAUAAACUUCUAUUUGAAUGUUUUUCCUAUCCCAGGUUUGAAAAGUAAUUCCAAAAAAUAUUGUCUGUAUAUCCAAAUAUAUUUAGUUCAUGUGGUACUCCGUCAGCAACAUGUAAUUUUCCAACCAUAAAUACUUCAAGACGCUUUCUACAAUUUGGGAAUGAAGCAUGAUCCAUAAAAUGUAGAUUUAUUUUAUGGUAUUAGUAAGAAUUUAUUAUACAAGGAAUGAAAUUUGAAUGACAAGGUGUUUAAAGUGCAUCCUUCAUUAUGUGGUAGGACUUUAAGCUAUAGAAUUGUGAUACCUUAUUUAAAAUGUAUUCUUACAAUCAUGACAAUACAGACAUUUUGACAGUCUUAAAAAUGCCCAUGAGUGCUUCAUAAUUGCUUUUCAGUUAGGAUUAAACUGAUUCCAGUGAACGAAUGAACGGACGGACGAACGAAUGAACAAACAAGUUGUCGACAUGGUAAAUAUGAAAGUGCAACACACUGAUUUCCUUCAUUUUUUUUCAUUUGGUGCUGAUAGAUUUUUAAAAAAAAUACACGUGUUGUCAAGAAUUAAUAAAGUCCCCUAAUAGGUA